CGUUGCCAUGUCCUCGUCCUCCUCGCCAUGCGUGGCUUGCAGUGACUGCUGCGACUGUUUCCUUUUUUCCGCCGCAGCAUGUUUGGCCCAAAUUCGGCUGCAAGUUUACUUGCUGGUCGCAGCGGGCGGCUAUGCCGAACAGUUUCGCGCUCCCAGGGGUGUUCGAUAGAGGAAGCAUCUGGGAAGAGCUUCGCAUCAUGGCCCGUUUCGCACGCUGCCUGCUUGCGGCCCCGAGGGGCUCGCAUACCUUCGCAGGAGAUGGCGACGACUCUGAGCUGGAGAGAGUGCUGCACGCCUUCGAGACGGGCUCUCAGACGAGCCCCGAGGACUGCGACAUUCUGCGAGCCUUCAUUUCUUGCCACAACGCGCGCAGACUCACGCUCGCAGACCGCGCCUCUUGGCCCCGAGCGGAGCUGCAGCAGAUGGCUGCGAGGUUGAGCCCGCUGACCGAGCUCCUGCCACCGCCCACGCCCUGCGAGUACGUGGAGGACAGCAUCGCCUGGUCCUGCUUCGGGUCGCACUCUCGGCGGGAGGCGUGGCUGGGCCACGGGUACUUCUUUCGGCAGCGGACACGCGACGAUGAACCGCUCGACAACGCAGCCGGCAGCGCCAUGAGCGAUUACGACGUGCUGGAGGACGGUUUUACACGGCUAAGGGGCGCCUCGGUGCUUGCGGCAGAUUGUGCCCAGCUGCGCCUUGACUAUCCUGCUCUCCAGGGCUUGAACGAUGCUGAGAUCGGAAGCUGGUUGGUAGAGCAGUGCGGCUACUUGUCGGCUGGCCAGCUGAGGAGGUUGCAGGCAGGCGGGGACCACCACGAGCUGCUGGGGCUUCACCAGCUGCCGGGGGACCUCGAGCAGCUGGUGGACACCGAUGCGCCUAGGAGGGCCGCGCUCAGGCUGAGGUCGGGGGGGCGGGCGGCCACCUUCUUCGUGGACGGGCGCUACUCCAUCUCGGCCGAGGGGCUGCAGGCGCAGAUGCUGGACGUGAAGGGCGUCGGCACCCACAGCGACGCCCUCCUGUCGAGCCCGAAGACCACGGGCUUGCUCAACCUUGCGGACGCCCUGACGGAGGUGUGUUACCAGCGGCUUGUGCAGCGUAUCGCGGAGCUCGAGGGCGCCAACUGGAGCACAGUGCGGUACUAUGCAAUCCUGGACACAGGGCUCCAGUACCGGUCGACGAACCCAGCUACUGGUUGGGACGGCGAGCGUUGCGUGUUGUUGGUCCGGCAGCCGCAAUCAAGGUUUCUGGACGAUUACGAUGGCUUCAAUUUCAGUGGUGUGGCGCCUGCCGAUGUCUUGGGCACGGGGACUGGCAAGAUGAUGAAGGAGGCUCUGCAGAAAUACGGUGUCUCGGCUGAGUUUGUGCCAUCGGCGCUCUUCCAGAGUGAUUCGGCCCAUUUUGAGGGCGAGUGGAAUCUACAAGUGGAUGCCCCGUGCACUCACCUGAUGGACUUCAGCGAUUUUUAUGUGUUGCCGAACUCACCACUUCCGAGUGCGUGGCGCAUGUCCGAGGGGGCCCUUGUUGACGCCUUGGCAUUGGAGCGCCCCUUCGUCUCGAAGCAUUUGUUGGAGAUGCGCGGUUGGUGGCAUUUGUUUGGAACUAGCACUUUGGCUGAUACUAACGCGCAGCUUGAAAAACGGCGGAUUCAGUUAUCAUCGAGUCCGCGUCACAGGAACGCUGCGUCGAUGGUUACGGAUGAUGGCAUCAUCUUACCAUGCAAACCAAAAUUUUGCAUGUGUUGGUUCAUGGAAUUAUGCGACAGCGAAGUGGUAUUGUGGGCUACAGCUGAAGCUGAGCGCAUUUGCGGGUCGGUGCUAAGUGGGACGUCGGCCGCUUCACGCGUAUUUUCGCAAAUUGACAUGUGGCUACCAUUGUCCGGUGUGCCUUGACCACGGCCUUUCGUGUCCGCUCACGAUUCCUCAAAAUUGCCGUCAAUGCGAAGCGAGUUUGCGAUUGCAUGCACGGUCUUUCGAUUGUGAAGUUCAGAGUUGCUUAAAUCGUACAGUAUGUUGGAUGUGCUUGUUCUGCGAUGUCAGCGAUCGAAAGGCCAUCGCACUCUGCACUCGGAAUGAGGGGCUUUCGGCGUGCCCUCUGAUAUGACACUCAUUCAGAGCCGCCCGAA